GCCUGUGACGUCACAGGCGCGCCCGUCUAAACGCUUAGUUUUGGUUUAGAGCGCGCAGCAAGAUAUCAGCUUCUCUGAUUGAAUUUGCUUUGGACAGCUUUGUAAAGCAGAUCUGAUAUGCCACUUGAAUUAAUAAAAGAAGUCAAUGGGGUGCCUGAAAUUGAGCCGCUUAAAAAACUGCACAAAGUAGACUUCAGAUCCCUACAGCCUGGUUGUGAUUAUAGCAAGAAAUAUAUUCAGGGAAAACUUUCACGUAUCUCUUCUUUAACUUAUGGUGGAAACAGAACACCUAUUUUGAAGAUCGGACUGCAAGAACAAGAAAAUUCAGAUUUGGAAAGUAACACCAUAAAUGUAUUAUUUUUUGGAAAAUUAGCAAAGGACUGUGCAAAAGUUUUCUCUGAAGGGGACACCAUUGCAGUGGCUGCAUUUAUUGUUUUGUCUUCAUCUACAAACAGAGAUGGUGAACAUUGCUUAUUUUUGAAAGCAUUUGAGGACUUCAACUCAACUGUUUAUGUUUAUGUUAAAUCUGUAAUAGAUCUUCCUUCAGAGUCAAUGUCUUUGGUUCCAGCAACACGUUAUAUCUAUACACCCCUGAAUGAACUCAAGGCUGGCAUGAUUGUCAAUGUCUAUGGUGUUGUGAAGUUCUUCAAGCCUCCAUAUUUAAGCAGAGGAACUGAUUAUUGUUCAGUUGUUACAAUUGUGGACCAGACAAAUGUAAAGUUAACCUGCCUGCUCUUUAGUGGAAAUUAUGAAAGCCUUCCAAUAAUUUAUAAAAAUGGAGAUAUUGUUCGCUUUCACAGGCUGAAGAUCCAAGUAUAUAAAAAUGAGACUCAAGGUAUCACCAGCUCUGGCUUUGCAUCUUUGACAUUUGAGGGAACUCUGGGAGCUCCUGUCAUACCUCGUACUUCAAACAAGAAUUUUAACUUUACAACUGAGGACCACAAGAUGGUAGAAACCUUACGUGCUUGGGCAUCUACUCAUAUUUCACCUUCUUCGACAUCAGUAAAAUUGUGUGAUGUUCAACCAAUGCAGUACUUUGACCUGACUUGUCAGCUCUUGGGCAAAGCCGAAGUGGAUGGAGCAUCAUUUCUUCUAAAGGUGUGGGAUGGCACCCGGCCACCGUACCCAUCCUGGAGAGUCUUAAUACAAGACCUUGUUUUUCAUGGCGAUUUAAGUCACAUCCAUCGGCUGCAGAAUCUGACAGUGGACAUUUUAGUAUAUGACAACCAUGUUCAAGUGGCGAAAUCUCUGAAGGUUGGAAGCUUUCUUAGGAUUUAUAGCCUCCAUACCAAACUUCAGUCAGUGAAUUCAGCAAACCAGUCAACAUUGUUAGCUCUAGAGUUUCAUCUCCAUGGAGGCACCAGUUACGGUCGGGGAAUCAGAGUCUUACCAGAAAGCAACUCUGAUGUGGAUCAGCUGAAAAAGGUUUUAGAAUGUGCAAGUUUGACAGCCAAUCAGUGUUCAGAUGGUAUAUGUCAAUCAGAAUGUGAGGACAGCGUACCAACAAGUUCUGGAUCAGUAUCACUAUAUGAGAUAGAAAGAUGUCAACAACUAUCAGCUACAAUACUUACAGAUCAUCAAUAUUUGGAGAACACCCCAAUAUGUGCGAUACUGAAGCAAAAAGCUCCUCAUCAAUAUCGCAUCCGAGCAAAACUGAGAUCAUAUAAGCCCAGAAGACUCUUUCAGUCAGUUAAACUUCAUUGUCCUAAAUGUCAUUCCCUGCAAGAAGUUCCACAUGAAGGCGAUUUGGAUCGAAUUUUGCAAGAGAGUGCAACUAAAACUCCAGAUACCAAACUACAAAACACAUUAUUAUAUGAUUCAAAAGUCUGGACAACUAAAGAUCAAGGAGAACGAAAAGUAGCUAUUCAUUUUGUGAAAAAUAACGGUAUUCUCCCACUUUCAAAUGACUGUCUAAUUUUGAUAGAAGGAGGUACAGUAAGUGAAAUCUACAAACUUGCAAACAAGUUUCACAGUGUAAUUCCUGUGAGAUCCGGCCAUGAAGACCUAGAACUCUUUGACCUUUCAGCACCAUUCCUUAUACAAGAUAAAAUUCAUCACUAUGGAUGUAAAAAGUGUUCUACCUUGAGACCAAUACAAAAUCUAAGUAACCUGGUUGAUAAAACGUCAUGGAUUCCUUCUUCUGUGGCAGAAGUAUUGGGUAUUGUACCCCUUGAACAUGUGUUUGUGAUGACAUUUACCCUUGAUGAUGGAACGGGCGUAUUGGAAGCUUAUCUCAUGGAUUCUGACAAAUUCUUCCAUAUUCCAGCAUCAGAAAUCCUGACCAAUGAUUACCUUCAGGAAAAUAUGGAUGUGAUCAUGAAUAUGUUUUGUCCUCCAGGAGUAAAAAUUGAUACAUAUCCAUGGUUGGAAUGCUUCAUCAAGUCGUAUAAUGUCACAAGUGGAACGGAGCAGCAAAUUUGCUAUCAGAUUUUUGACACCACAGUUGCAGAUGAUGUUAUCUAGUAUUGAAAUUCAAUUUAGCAUAUGUAAAUAUUGUAACUGUUUCCUAUGUGAUUGCCAUAAAACAUGUAAAAGAUUUAGUUCAAUAGUUCAUUUUCCAUUUUAACUAUUUAAAUUUUUUAAUAGACAUUGGGUUCUCUUAACACCUUCUUGUAAGUUAAAAAUGGUCUGUUGCUCAAAAAUAUCUGGUAUGCUGGCUGGUAGGGUUCUAAAAG